AUGGCGAUGGCCACUCUGCUCGAGAUGCCGGGCUGGCUAAGGGACGUGCUGGUGCUGUCAACGAGCGUCAAACUGCUAUUGGUGCCGGCUUAUCACAGCACAGACUUGGAGGUGCAUCGCCAUUGGCUCGCUCUCACCAAGACCCUGCCCGUCUCGCACUGGUACUUUGACACGACGUCGCAAUGGACGCUCGAUUAUCCGCCCUUUUUCGCCUUCUUUGAGCGCAUGCUCGCUCAAGUCAUUGCACCGCUCGACGCUCGCAUCGUCCACUUGCAGGAGGGUUUGCAGUACGCUUCUCCCCGAGCAAUUUUCAUCCUUCGACUCAGCGUCAUGCUCACCGAGCUUGUCCUCGUCGGCGCACUGUGGGCGCUGGCCACUCCUAGCAGUGCGCAAAGCGGCAAGAGCUCUGAAUCGGGCUUCGAUUCAGCGUCUCGCUCUCCAUCGAGCGCAAACACGGAUCAAGACGCGCACGUCAAAGCUGAACAAGCCAUCUCCCCGCUCGUCGCCGGCGCCAUCUUACUCCACCCCGCACUCGUCAUCGUGGACCACAUCCACUUUCAGUACAACGGCUUCCUGACUGGCGUGUUGCUGUGGUCCAUAUGGGCCGCGAGAGAGGUGCGUGCAAAGGUGUGUCCUGCGGCAAAUUCGUCCGGGUAGUGGCAUACAUGCCUGCGUUGGAGUCGGACAUCCUCCUGAUCCCCACAGCCCAAGCUGCGACUGGCAUGGCUGACCCAUCCUCACUCUGCAAACGUUGCUCCGUCAGCGUCGCCCUCUGCUCAGCGCCUUCCUCUUCUCCUCACUCUUGAUGCUCAAGCACAUCUACAUCUAUCUUGCUCCCGCUUACUUCAUUUUUCUGCUUCGAACCUACGUUCUUCCUUCCUCCGUGACGAUGGAUGGACCGACCGGAGCUGGACCUGCAUCCCGCCUCUUUACACUUGGCACCAUUACCCUCAUCCCACCUCUGGCUGCUAUCCUACCCCUGCUGGCAUCUGGUCUCACCACUUCAGCGCCAGCAGGACCUCUUGGCAUCUUGAGGCAGAUGAUCGCGCGGCUGUUUCCCUUUCAAAGAGGACUCAAUCACGCGUAUUGGGCAGCCAACUUCUGGGCUCUUUAUUCAUUCGCGGAUCGUGCUCUGCUUGCGACAGGCAUGGCCACUUCAUCCAAGAUCACCGAAGCGGCACGCGCUUCCUCAUCUCGAGGUCUGAUCGGAGACACUACGUUCGGCGUCCUUCCCAACGUUUCAGCAUCACACUGUCUGGUAUUGACGGCUACUCCAUUGCUGGUGCUUAGCAGCCGGCUAUGGACACGACCCACGUAUCUCAACUUCCUGACCGUGCUCAUCUCCUCGGGUCUCACCAGCUUCAUCUUCGGCUACCACGUCCACGAGAAGGCGAUCCUAUUACCUUUGCUCCCGCUAACCAUGCUCGCACCAGUCAGCUACGUCCACGCCCGCCUCACCACGCUGCUCAGCAUCGUCGGCAUCUUUGGCCUCUUCCCUCUGCUCUACGAUGCCAAAGAGACCCCUUUAAAAUUGUUCUAUACGCUUGCUUGGAGCUUCGUAGUUUUCGGCUCGAUCCGUAAACAGGUGUACAGGCCCGUGCCGAGCAACCUCACUGCCAUCGCGCACGUGCUUGAGAAUGCCUACCUCCUCGGCUUCAUCAUCCUUCAGGUCUACACGAGUUUGCUGCAUCCUGCCUUAUUCACGCGAGAGCGACAUCUGGAGCCGACAAAACAGAGUGGACCCGUCGGAACUGCUGCGGAGGCAAUCACGAGCGCUGCAGAUUCACUCGCCUCGGUCCUCGUUGCCCAGCCGUCGUCGCACGCCUCCUGGGUACAAGCUUCGCCUGCUGGCGACCCCCUCGCGUCGUUCUCAAGGGACGCAUUCAGCGGUGAUACCGCAACACCCUCGAUGCGCUCAGACCUUUCUGCCACGGGUCUUGCGAGCCAUGCAAGACCACUGGACAACGUUCGCAAGCUCGGCUCGAGCGGCACGCCAGAUGUUCAGUUACACACACAGUACGAAUUUCUCCCUCUGAUGCUGAUUAGCACCUACUGCGCGCUUGGAGUACUCUGGGUCUGGAUUAGAUUGGGUUGGAGUUUACUUUCUCAGCGGCCCCACAACCGUUCGCAAGCAGCGGAGGCUUCGCCAGCGAGCCACGCCGGAAAGCACCAUCGUAAAUGGUAA